AUGUUCGAUGUUCGACGUUCACCGUUUGUUGUUCGUCAUUCGCCAUUCUUUGUUGGUGGUUCUCUGUUUGAUCGUUCGCCGUUUGUUGUCCGCUGGUCGCUGUUCGACGUUCACCAUUUGUUGUUCGCCAUUUGUAAUUUGUUGUUCGCCGUUCUCUGUUUCAUGUUAGUCAUUCAAUGUUCGUUGUCCGCUGGUCGCUGUUCGAUGUUCACCGUUUGUUAUUUUUCGUUCGUCAUUCGCCAUUCGUUGUUCGCCAUUCGCCGUUCUUUGUCCGCUGUUCGUUGUUCGAUUUGUUCGCCGUUCUCUAUUUGUUAUUCGCCAUUCGCCGUUCAUUGUUCGCUGUCUGCUGUUCGAUGUUCAACGUUUGUUGUUCGUCACUUGUCGUUCACCAGUCGUUGGGCGUUCGUCAUUCGCCGUUAUUUGUUUGCUGCUCUUAGUUCGCUUGUCGCUGUUAGACGUUCACCUUUUGUUGUUCGUAAUUCGCCAUUCGCUGUUCGCUGGUCGCUGUCCGAUGUUCACCGUUUGUUGUUCGUCAUUCGCCAGUCAUUCUUCGCUGUUCUCUAUUUGUUGUUCGUUGUUCGCCGCUCGCUGCUCGACGUUCAGCGUUGUUGUUCGUAG